UUCUCCACCGACGUGUCGCACUGACUUUUUUUAACCGUGGUGUUUUCCCCUCAUGUAAACGUCACUCGUGUUUUCAGCGGGUGAAGAAGCGACCGACAGACACAACACAACAACCGACCACAGCGACGAUGUCCGAGCCCAGUAAACCGGACAUCUCCGCCAUCUUCAAGCGGCUCCGCUCCGUCCCCUCCAACAAGGUUUGCUUCGACUGUGCAGCUAAAAACCCGAGCUGGGCCAGCAUCACCUACGGCGUGUUCGUGUGUAUAGACUGCUCGGGCACCCACAGGUCUCUGGGGGUGCACCUGAGCUUUAUCAGAUCUACGGAGCUGGACUUCAAUUGGUCCUGGUACCAGCUGAGAUGUAUGCAAGUGGGAGGGAAUUCCUCCGCUACUUCUUAUUUCGGUCAACAUGGCUGCAUAACCAGCGCUGCCAACGCCAAGUACAACAGCCGAGCCGCUCAGCUGUACAGAGACAAGAUAAAGAAUUUAGCCACACAAGCCACCAGAAGCCACGGCCGUGAGCUGUGGCUUGAUUGUCAGGCUCCUCUCUCUCCACCGCCACCAGAGGACAAGCAUGUGGAUUUCUUCAGUCUGCAUACAGUGGAGGUUCCAAAAAACGUGAAUACUGCCGAAAUGAAUCUGAGCUCCUCCACAUCAGAGAAGAGUUUAUACCCGGAAAAAGAUGAAGACAAAAAUGGUAAUACAGAGGAGGGUCCAAGCGUGGAUUCGCUGAGUGUUUCUCCAAAAACUAAUCCAGAGCCGUCUUCUCUUUUUAAGAAGAAGCCCACUGCUACCAAGAAAACGCUGGGCUCUAAGAAAGGCGGUCUAGGUGCUCACAAGGUCAGCAGCCAGAAUUUCUCCGAGCUGGAGAAGAAAGCUCAAGCUGCCGACAAGCUGAGAGAGAAAGAAGAUGGCGCCGUGAGCACCAAGAAGAGUGUUCAACCCGAGGAAUCCGUCUCUUCAUCGAUGCGACUGGCCUAUAAAGAUUUUGAGCAGCACAGGAAAAUGGAGGAUCAGAAGAUGAAGGGAUUAGAGGGGAAGAAGAAGGAGCAAGCUGAGAGACUUGGCAUGGGUUUAGGCAUGAGGAGUGGAGUUUCACAUUCUGUGACUUCAGACAUGCACAUGAUCGAGCAGGAGAAUACCCUGGGCUCAAAGACCACCAAGGGACGAAGGCUCAUUGAGCCAGACGAUGAUGAAGGGUCCUUCACCUCCAGGUCUGUGUCCCGGUUUGAGGAUCAGGUUGAAUCUUCUGAUCAGUUCACUUCGCGGUGGGAUGACGGCGUCGAGGAAGGAGGCUGGAUGAAGGUGACAAAGAAACCAGAGCCGGACUUCUACUCUUCCUCCAUCAUAACUUCACUUGACGACAGCAGACACACAGCCAGGAGGAAACCAGAACCAGUACCAGUGCCGGACACGGGAGAAGCUCGGAAAAAGUUUGGAGAUGUCAAAGCAAUCUCCUCUGACAUGUACUUUGGAAAACAAGACCACUAUGAGUACGAGGCCAAAUCUCGACUGGAACGAUUAUCUGGGAGCGCGUCUAUAAGUUCCGCAGACCUCUUUGAUGAUCCAAAGAAACAGACUGGGAGUUCGUACAGUCUGACCAACGUGCUGCCCAACGCUCCUGACAUGUCGCAGCUCAAACUGGGAGUGCGCUCAGUCGCAGGAAAACUCUCAGUCAUGGCCAGUGGUGUAGUUAACUCAAUUCAGGAUCACUACAGUACCUGAGUCAUGAUGCGUCUCCUCUUUGAUUCAGCGUGUGUGUCGUCGGCGUCGACAUAACCGGAGUUUGAUAGUUUACCUGGUGAGAGACGGAUGGAGAUCAGCUCUCUGAGCGAAACCUCUGCUUCGCUGCAUCAAACUCUAGCCCUAAAGUGACCCUGUAUACAUUUACAUCUAUUUUUCUUUCUCAGAUAAUGUGUAUAGAGCUGGUGUUAGAAUCAGGAUGACUGAAGCACAACAUUUGCUCAUCUGCAGACACCUUGAAGUGCGAUUUCUGUGUAAAGUGAAACCAUGUGGAAUAUUUCGUUUGCAUUAUAUUACUUGAUUUGAGGUUUUGGGGUUUAAAUACUUAAAAAAAAAUACUUUAUGUAGCAGGUGGGAGAUUUCUGGUGUCAUGAAGGAAGGGUUUACUUUUUGAUUCCGUUAGUUGAUGAGGUCAAAACCUAAACAGCAGAGCCAAUUCAGUUUUUUACAACUGAAUUGGCUCGUGCACUUUCACUCGUCACACGCUCUGUGCAGUGUGUUCUUGUACUUUAUUUUCUGAAAUCUUGCACAUUCCCACCAUUUUUGAAAGUGUCCUUUUCCGUCCCCAAAGUGCACUUACGUUUGCUCUUCCACAGGCGGUACCAAAAGCUGAUAACGAGGCCUUGUGGGGACCAGAUAUGUGUGUCUUAAUUGAGGAUGAUAUCAGUUAUGGACAUUGGUCUUGAUCUAAUUAGCAGAUAGGUUUCAUUCUCCUGCAAGUAGCCACGUAUUACUUUUUGCUUUUGUUGUAGUUUAUGCAUCCAUAGUGGAAAAGGACCGGAUGGCAGUGAGGAUAAGUAGCUAGAGAGGUCUGAAGGAAAAGCUUGAUGUUUUGGGAAAGUGCACUUUGCCUAGAAUUUGAUGCCACUUUUGAAUAUAUGCAUUUCUUUGUCAGUAGGUG